UUUAAUUCCAUUUCUUCUAUCAACAGAGAAACCCACGCCCUCUCCUCUUUCUGCAAAUUCAGAUUCAUCAGCCACAAAAAAUACUUGUACAUUUUCUUUGUGUUCAUACUUCAAAAUUAGCAAAUAAAUAAAUAAAUAAAUACAAACCAACCCAACAUUUUCUUUGAUCGUAUCAUUUUCGUUUAGUUUUCGUUUCACCAUGAAACACCAAGACCUCAACCUCCACAGAAGCAACAGCACUACUUCCAUCGCAAGAAGCUCAUCAGGAAAGAUCAUCCCAUCAAACCACUUCAGAUCCUCAUCGUCCACUCUCCCACUUGAUCAUCAUCAUCAUCAUCAUCAUCAUCAAAACGAAGACGUCUCCAACAACUUCUUGAUUCCGAAGCAGCACUCCCCAGUCUCCAUGCACCAACUCUCCAAAACCCAAACCAAGCUCACCUCACUCCUCCGCUCUUUUCUCAGCUUCCUCUCCUUCCCCACCAUUAUCCCAACUUGCAAGUGGCUUGCCAUCCCCUCCGGCCUCUCCAUCACUCCCUCCCUGGGCAGAAAAGUCACCGGGCCGCUCUUCGGGAACCGCCGUGGCCAUGUCAGCUUCGCCGUCCAGCUGGAUCCCAGUUCGGAGCCCGUUUUGCUUCUCGAGCUUGCCAUGUCAACAUCUUCACUCGUCAAGGAGAUGUCUUCCGGACUCGUCCGUAUUGCGCUGGAGUCCGAAAGGCAUCAUGGUUCCAGCCGUACGGGUAUCCACGGCCGGAAACUGUUUCAGGAGCCUUCCUGGACCAUGUAUUGCAACGGGAGGAAGUGCGGCUACACAGCGUCUCGUACGUGCGGGGAGUCCGACUGGCACGUGCUCACUACUGUUCGGAGCGUGUCAGUCGGAGCAGGCGUGAUUCCAGUGGUGGAUGACGGGAAAGAGGGUAGCGCUUCAGAAGGCGAGUUGCUUUACAUGAGGGCUAGGUUUGAAAGAGUUGUGGGAAGCCGUGACUCGGAGGCCUUUUACAUGUUGAACCCAGAAGGCAAUGGAGGUCCUGAACUCAGUAUUUUCUUGCUUAGAAUAUAAACAUCAAAAAGAAAAAG